AUUUUGGAAAGGACUGGAUCAGGCCCAGCGAGAUUGGACCACAGAGAUAGACCAAGAGCUUCGGUGUUCGACUUUGGAGCUCUCCGUCCCACCUACCGCCGCUCUCCCCGUCAGCCUCAGUCUCCUACACAGUUACUGUCGCCCUUGCCCUUCCUUCAAUCUGAGCGGCGAGCUUCGACCGGGAUCAUCAUCGACAAUUCUGUUUAUUACUGGCUGCAACUCAUUCCUGCGAUCUGAGGCAGUCUCGCCAAUUACAGGAUCGUCGAUCAGUGAUUCCACGUCAACUUAUUAUCUACAACUCUGCAGAAUCUCUCACCAUGUCCUACAACCCUUACGGAGGUAACCCCUAUGGGCCGCCUCCGACUUAUGGUGGCUUCCCGGGGUCCAACGGCGCCCCCGGCAUGGCUCCUCCACCUGGUCUAGGCCCUCCGCCAGGCAUGUCUUCCGCUCCGGGAAUGGCACCACCUCCCGGUGUCCAGCAGUCCAACAAUGCCCAAGCUAACCGACAAAGCGGCCUGCCGCCUAACUUCCAAGCUCCCGCGAACCUCCCGAACAUCAACUUCAGCGCCCCCGUCAUUCGUCUUGGUACCAUAGGUGGCAAGGCAGGCGGCCCCGAUGGCGGCAGAAAGGAUAGCAACGCUCCGACCGGCGGACGACAAGGAUUGGGCAUGGACCGCGGAUACGAUCAAUCCCGCGCUGCCGCACGCGAGCACAUGCAGUCCCUAGUCCCGCCGACCAACGAGGAGAAGCUGAGGACACUGUUUGUUCAUAAGAUUCCCGAAGGUGUGAGGGGCGACGAGGGCAUCGAGUUGAUUCUCAAUUCGGUCGGCAAGCUUCGGAGAUGGGACGUCGCCACUUCAGUCCUUUCUGACGGCAAAGGAACAAAGUUUGGCUUCGCGCAGUUCGAGGAUGCCGAUUCUUUUGCAACCGCUUGCGAUCUGCUUCAAGACGUCGAGGUCCCACUGAAACGACAAGCCCCAUCCGAAAGUGCACCAUUGGAAGGUGACUCUUUCGACGGAGUAGAAAUGGUCAAGCUUCAAGUCACUAUCGACCCGAAUUCUCUCAAGUACAUCGAAUCUUACAAGGAAGGCAGAGGUGAUGAUGGUGGUGCUGAAUCACGGAUUAAGACUGCCAAGGAGACCCUGAAGCAGGUCAUCCGAGACCUCGUUUAUCCCAAAUCCGCCAGCACAGCAGACGGCGAAGGUGAUGUCUCAAUGGGUAACUCCGGAGACAACGUCGAGGUUGUCAACAUCCCUCUGGCUCAAGACGACGAACUUGCAGACAUCCCUGCAGAGAUGAGAGAAGUUGUCGCCGCCGAGAUCGCGGCAUUCAGAGAACGCAGCAAUAAGCGAGAUCUGGAGCGCCUUAAACGCGAGGAAGAGAUGGAAGAAUUGGAACGAAACCGCAAUGGUCCCUCUCGACCAUCACGGUUGGAUUCUCCGCCACCAUCCAACUCCAACAAUAUUCCUGUCGGACCUCGCGGCAUGCACAAUGCACCGUCGGGUCCUAGAGGACAGAACGGUUCCCGUACGUCAUUCGUAAACGGAGGAAUCUCGAACGCCGAGCUGUCUAUCAAUCGCGAAGACGAAGAUACGGAGGCUGAUGAUGAGGAGAUCUACCAGCAGGAGCUCUCGAAGCAAAAGUCGGAAGAAGAAAAGAUGUACCUCGAGGCGGAGCGAAAGUGGGUGAACAGAGAACGUUCCCGUGCGGCAGCCUUGGAGAGAGAAAAGGAGCGUGAGCUGCAGGAUGAGGAGACACUGGAGAGACGCGUACAAGAGCAGCUUGAAAGGGAAAAGGCCUGGGACGACGAGAGAGAAGCGUCCAGAAAAAACCACUUUUACUACCGUGACCAUGCAGGCUGGGUCAAGAAGCGCCAAAUUGAAAGGGCGGAUGAACAAGCCAGGGAUGAGGCAGAUCGGAGAGCCGAAGAUGAUGAGCGCCGGAGAGAGGCCGCAGACAUAGAGAGGGCGCGUGGCAUGGCCGACUCCUUCCUCGACCAACAAGCCCAUGAGAUGGAGCAGCGACAACAAGCAACCGCUUCCGCACCAGCGCCCUUUAAGCUGUCGCUGGGUGCUGCAGCUCAGCGCGCACAAGCCCAACGUGUGGCCCCUCAACGACGGACCGUUGCUGAGGUGGAGGGUCUUUUAGACGACGAGGAACAAGACAGCACAACCAGGAGACAGCUCAUCCCCAUCCAGUUCGAGCCUACGACUGCGGCGGACAAGAUGACCGAGGAGGAGAUUAGCAAAGCCGUUCGUGCUCUUGCCCAGGAGAUCCCAUCGGAGAAGGAUGGCCUGUGGAACUGGACUGUGCAAUGGGACUUCUUGGACGAUGCCAUCAUCCGCGACAAGCUUCGGCCAUUUGUCGAGAAGAAAAUUGUCGAGUAUCUCGGCGUGCAGGAGGAGAUGCUUGUUGAGGUCGUGGAGGAGCAUCUUCGGAAGCACGGGAAGCCGUCGGAGCUGGUGGAAGAGCUUGCAGCGGUGCGUUUACCAAGUCUCACCUUUUCCUUUGUUGGGUCGCUAACAAUCACCACAGGCAUUGGAUGACGAGGCAGAGGAUAUGGUCAAAAAGUUAUGGCGCAUGGUCAUCUUCUUCACAGAAAGUGAGAAGCGUGGAUACCCAGCAUAGUCUAGGCAGCCCCUAUUGUAUUAUAUCGACAUUCCGGCAGCACCGUGGACUCAGCUCUUCGAGGAGGGCGGAAGAACAAUCCCAGCAAAGUGCUGAUGUUUGGCCACAAUUGCGGAAAGAAAA